CUCUUUGCCAAGCUCCUCUCAGUCUACACAAAACUCAUCUAUAUCAUCGGGAAGGGGACAAAGAUUGCUAUCUUCUACAUUAAAUAGUCAAAAGGCCCAGGAUCUCAUACAAAAGGGUACUGUCAAUACUCAGAAUAACAAUAACACAUCGAAACUCCUUUUCGGUACACUUUUUUCCUUAAGAAAAAUAGCUGUUUCAUUGUGUACACCACAGGCGGAGACACCACAGGAGGAAGAAUUCAAUGCAUCUAACCUUAAUAGUUUCAACUCCCUACAAUCAUUCCAUACCCUAAAUUACAAGUGCCAUUACUAUGAGACCAUGAACGGGCUGAGGUUUGUUGUCGUGACUCAUCCCGCGGCCCGUAACCUUCAAUCAUCUUUGGUUGAGAUAUACCAUUCUAUAUAUUUGCCAGCAAUUGUCAGAAAUCCAUUGAUGCCCGUUGAAUAUCGAGAGGAUGAGGUUAUUUCCAAUGAACGCUUUAUCCGUGCAAUUGAUGAAUACUGGACGUCACUUGAAGAAACUUUGACGUGAAGCUAUACGAAUCAUCAAGAAAUGAUGUUUGCAUUACGUUUGUAACGAACUGCAGGUGCUGCAUGCUCUAUUUUCAGUGGUGCGUAUCUUUGCAUUAUCUCUGUGAAGUAGAGGCUGCUCGAGCUAGUUGGAAUACUUCAUAGAUGCAAAAGUUUGCGCAACCUGCAAAUCGAGCCCGACUGAAAUUUCUAGGUUUGUAAAAUUGCUAAAACUCUUAAAUUAAU